AUGUCGGAGCUCAAGGACGCCGAGGUGCCUUUCGACUCUCACAAGGAGGGCGGUGCGUACGAGAUCGAUGAUGUCCAAGAGUCAAAGUCCGAAAACCGCAUGACCGAGGCGGCGAUGGAUGCCGAGCUGCAAGUGCUGGAGGAGCAAUUGCCGAAUGUGCGCAAGUCGCGAUUCGAGCUCUCUUUCGAAAAUCCCAGAAUGUGGACCUAUCUCUUGGUUGCUUUUGCUUCUAUGGGUGGUCUGCUCUCAGGGUUGGAUCAGUCCUUGAUCAGUGGAGCCAACCUCUAUCUCCCCAAGGAUCUGCAUUUGUCCGAUUCUCUGAACAGUUUGGUGAACGCCGGUAUGCCUCUUGGUGCCGUUGGUGGUGCUCUCCUGCUGUCCCCUGCCAACGAAUAUCUUGGACGUCGCAUGGCCAUUAUUGUUUCUUGCAUUCUCUACACCAUCGGUGCUGCCCUCGAGGCUGGCGCCAUCGACUUUGGUAUGAUCUUCGCGGGUCGGUUCAUCCUCGGUAUGGGUGUCGGUCUCGAGGGUGGUACUGUCCCCGUCUACGUCGCCGAGUCUGUCCCUCGCCGUGUCCGUGGUAACCUUGUCUCGCUUUACCAGCUCAACAUUGCUCUGGGUGAAGUUCUGGGAUAUGCUGUUGCUGCUAUGUUUGUCUCGGUCCCCGGUAACUGGCGAUACAUUCUGGGCUCAUCCCUUAUCUUCUCUACCAUCUUGCUCGUGGGCAUGUUGUUUAUGCCUGAGAGUCCCCGAUACCUGAUGCACAAGGAGAGGGAGGUUGAAGCUUAUGCUGUGUGGAAGAAGAUCCGCGGGUUCAAUGACUUUGAGGCCAAGGAGGAGUUCCUGGGAAUGCGUCAAGCUGUCACCGCAGAGGCGGAGGAGCAGAAACAGACUAAGAAGUACCCCUGGAUGGACUUCUUCACCGACCCUCGUGCACGCCGUGCUAUCAUCUACGCCAACAUCAUGAUUGUGCUCGGUCAACUGACCGGUGUGAACGCCAUCAUGUACUACAUGUCUACCUUGAUGAAGAACAUUGGCUUCGACGACAAGAAGUCAGUCUUCAUGUCUCUCGUCGGUGGCGGUGCUCUAUUGAUCGGCACUAUUCCUGCCUGUCUGUAUAUGGAGCGCUUCGGUCGCCGGUACUGGGCCAACGUGAUGCUGCCUGGCUUCUUCAUUGGAUUGGUUCUCGUCGGCGCCGGCUACACCAUCGACUACAACAAGUACCCCGCUGCCGCCGAGGGUGUCUAUCUGACCGGUAUCAUCUUGUACAUGGGCUUCUUUGGCUCCUACGCUUGCUUGACCUGGGUCAUUCCCUCUGAAGUCUUCCCUACCUACCUUCGAUCCUACGGUAUGACCACCGCCGACGCCAACUUGUUCCUCAUGUCCUUCAUUGUCACCUACAACUUCUCCCGCAUGAUGGAUGCAAUGACCCGUAUUGGUCUCACUCUGGGUUUCUACGGUGGUAUUGCCGUGAUCGGCUGGUUCUACCAGGUCAUCUUCAUGCCUGAGACCAAGAACAAGUCUCUCGAGGAGAUCGAUGAGCUCUUUUCCAAGCCCACUUCUGUCAUUGUCAAGCAGAACCUCAAGCAGACUUCCGAGAUUAUCAAGGAUCUCGCGCAUUUCCGCUUCCGCAAGGUCUUCUCCCCGGAGCCUUACGCCAAAUGA